AUGUUCCAACGAACCCUAAGACUCCUUGCCUUUGGCAAUCAUUUCGCAGUAUGGGUGUCCUCACUCAUAGUCACGGGCAUUCUGUCAUUCUUCCUCGCCAAGUAUAAUCUCAGCAACAACGCCCAUGUCAUCUACCAGGAGGUCAUCGCUACCAUCACGUUGGCUGUCUGGACCUUUGGCAUGAUAUUACCGCUCGUCAAUGCCUACGGUGGCCAUCUGUGGCUUGCGAACCAUAUCUUGUCCUACCUUUGGCUCACUGCCUUUAUCUUCUCGGCACAAGACUGGGCUGGUGGUCGAUGCAGGACGCACGCUCCCACUUUUGGCAAAUGCGGACUGAAGAAGACCGUUAUUGCAUUCAACUUCUUCGCAUUCUUCUUCUUGCUGGUCAAUAUCUUCGUUGAAGGGUUAUUGUUCCGGGCUCAUCGAGACGAGCGUACUGGCGCUUCCAAGUCGCGGCCAGGUACUGCUGCACACAAUGGAACCACAGCUCCUGCCGUGUAG